GAUUUUGUGGCCAAAUUCUGGUCUUUUUUGUGGACACAGCUUGUGACACUAAUUGAGUGUCUUAUUUUGACGAGCAGAAACAAUGUCGUAUGCUCCUGCAUUGGUGAUGUCGGUCUUUGUGGCUGCAGAAGCCCUCCCACCCCAACCCACGGAAGCACUCCCACCCCAACCGCCAGCCCCCCAACCGGCUCCUCAUCAACCAAGGCAACGGAGGCGUGCUAGGCCACCAAUUUUCCGCACCCGUGUCAUACUUUUUGGGAUGCCAGAUGAUGUGGUUUUGCGUAGAUACAGGCUGCCACCACAUCUAAUCCUAGACACUCUCUCCAUAAUAGAGAGUGAUCUGGAGUCUUCAAUUCGGUAUCCUACAGCAAUACCACCAUUGACACAAUUCCUUGCUGUGUUACAUUUUGUGGCCACAGGCUCAUUCCAGCAUGUGGUUGGAGACCUGGUUGGCAUGUCGCAGGGCCAGUUCAGUAAGGUCCUGCGGCGUGUCAGCCAGGCUUUCCUAAAGCGUGUUAAGCAAUUUAUUGCUAUGCCUUUGGAUGCUGGUGCCCUAGAUGUGGUGAAGCGGCAAUUUGAGGAAGGUGGUAGUCGCUUCCCACAUGUUAUUGGGGUUGUGGAUGGCACACAUGUAGCUAUUGUCCCACCAAGACAUAAUGAAGAAAUUUAUAGAAACAGGAAACUGUUUCAUUCUCUGAAUGUAAUGGUUGUUUGUGGGCCAUCCCUCCAGAUCCUGUCCCUGAAUGCUAAGUUCCCUGGGAGCUCCCAUGACGCACAUGUUAUUAGACAAUCAGGGAUAUGGCAGAGAUUAAGAUCAACUCAACGCCAAGACAUGUGGUUAUUGGGAGACCGUGGAUAUCCUUGCACCCCCUGGCUCAUGAGUCCUUACCGUAAUCCCAGGCCAGGACCACAGACGGCAUUUAACUCCGCGCUUACUGCCACUAGACAGCUGGUGGAGCGCACAAUUGGUGUGCUUAAAGGACGUUUUCGUGUGCUCCACCGCACUGGUGGCGAUAUCAUGUAUUCGCCGGAGAUGGCAAGUAAAAUAGUGGUCCUGUGCGCUAUACUUCAUAACAUCGCGGUAAGGAGUCGCGUUGAGCUUCCUGACACAGAGGAAUUGCCAGAUGAGGAGCCAGGGGUUGGGCGGAGAUUUGGUGGUGGGAGUGUUUCCCGGAGGGGCAGCCAAGUAAGGGCAAGCAUUGUCCAAGAAUAUUUCAGCUGAUUUUUCACACCAAAUGUGGGCGAGCACAACGGCAAGGUGCUGGUGCUGGUAGUCCACACCAGCAACAUUCCCCAUCCCCUUCCCGAUCACACUCCCCCUCUCCUGCCCAAUCCCCCUCUCCUGCCCAAUCCCCCUCUCCUGCCACCUCCCCCUCUCCAGCCACCUCCCCCUCUCCUGCCCAAUCCCCCUCUCCUGCCCAAUCCCCCUCUCCUGCCACCUCACCCUCUCCAGCCACCUCCCCCUCU